AUGUCGGCUCUACAACCCUACGUCGCGCCACUUACGUUUGAUGUGCCACCCCCAACAAAGGAUCGAAACAUCAUAGAUCGACUCACAGAGAAGCAAAUUCAACGACGAGUGAAGAAGAAGGAGAAGAAGAAAGGAAAACGAGCAAGGAAGAUGAGGAGGAAGCAGUCCCGUCAGGAACGAAGACAAUCGGAACGUAACGGGACUUCCGAUAGCGACAUGGAACACUUGAAUAGAAAGGCUGAAAUUGUGUGCUCGAAAGCUGACGAGAAGCUGGAAGGAGCAAGCCACAAGGAGGCUAAGGACAUACAGAAGAAGAGAGACGAAAAGCUACGCAAGAUUGAGGAAAAGAUGGAGAAGACCGCUAAGAAGAGGGAGAAACGCGCCAAGAAGCGAGGAAAGCAUCACGCCAAGGAUCACAAAAAGGCUAACAAGAUGGAGUUCAUAGUGAUAGAGAGCUUGGAAAGCGAUUCGGUUGAUUGUGAAUAG